AUGAUGAUCGCCAAAAUCGUGCUCAUUUUGAAUUUAUUUUGCUGUGUGAAAGGGGCCUUAGAUGAUAAAUUUCACACAUAUGACAUCGUAAAGACCAAGCACAUUCAUGUUCAUUCUUUGUCAAAACGAAGCAUUGAGGAAAGAAGAUUUACUAAAGAGAUUAAAGUUUCAGCAUUCGGCAAGAACUUUACGAUUCAUGCCAAGCCUAGUCAUCUGUUCAGCUCCACAUUUAAACUACGAGCAGUGCAUGCCGACGGAUCAAAGGAGGAAGUGAAUGACUUCAACAAAGAUACUUUCUUUGAAGGGGUAGUAGAAAAUGAUGAGAGAUCGGAGGCAAGUUUUCACAUGGAUGACAAGACUGGCGUGUUCACGGGCGUGUUUGCGACCGAUGGGGAAGAGUUUGUGGUUGAGCCACUGUCCCACCAUGCUGAGAAGGAGACCAUGGACUUCCACGAUGAGUCCACCAUGGUUGCCUACAAACGUUCAGACAUCAAAAAUGACUCGCAUCCGAAAUGUGAAGCUGUUCACCCUGAGGCUGAGCUAGGUGAUGAUGAAGGUGAUGAUGAGAUGGAAGUAGCUUUUGACAAGUUUCAAGAUAGCUCAGGUGAAGGUCAGCGGGCUAAAAGGGAUGUAGGAGAUAAGACCUGUCAGGUUGCAGCAAUAGCCGACUACCGAUACUACGAGCACAUGGGCAGUAGAAGCAUAUUCAAAACUGCAAACUAUAUUGCAAAUGUUAUGAACCGAGUGAACCAGAUUUACAAAUCUACAACCUUCCGUGGUGGGAAUGGGUACGGAUUUGAAUUCAGUGAGAUUGAGAUCCACACGGCAGCUUCUACUGGUGAUGACAUAGCUAAGUACCCAUACAACAUCGCCAAGUCCAACUGGGGGAAUUUAGAACUACUAACUGAAUUAAGUAAAACAAGUGAGUUUCCAAAAGCGUGUGUGGUCCACCUAUGGACAGCGACCCAAUUUGAGGACAGCGUACUGGGGCUUGCAUAUAUCGCUAGUUCGAAGGCAGGAAGUCUUGGAGGAAUAUGCUCAGAACCUCGGUCCUACAGUGGAGUGUUAAGGUACUUCAACACUGGAUGGUCCUCAUCCAAGAAUGGAGCAGGCGAUACUGUCACCUUCACACAAAAAGCUCUUGUAACAGCUCACGAGUUUGGUUACAACUGGGGCAGUGAACCCGACCCUUCCUCUGGAGACUGUGCCCCCGGCAGCCUCUUCGAUAACGGCAAAUACAUCAUGUACCCCUACUCUGUGACAGGUGAAGACCCAAAUAAUGAUAAAUUCUCACCAUGCAGUAUCAAAUACAUGAAUGCAGUUUUAUCAAGCAAAUCCUCCUGCUUUGUGGUUGCGCGAGGUGAACAACUUUGUGGAAAUGGGCGUGUGGAUGGGGAAGAGGAAUGUGACGCAGGGUUUCUUGGAAUGGUCAACCAGGACACGUGCUGUGCCAAUGACUGUACUUUGAGACCAGGAGCUACUUGCAGCCCUUCAAACAAUGACUGCUGUACAGACAACUGUUUUUUGGCCCCGACAACUGUAAUCUGUAGAGGAGAUGUGGAUGGCUAUUUUAAAAAUUCUUGCAAGCGAUGUUGCCGUGCAAACGCCGACUUUCCGUGUACGGUGUACCGCAACGAUACUCUCGCCGAUGGAAGAUCUUGUGUCCAGGGAUAUUGUGCUGCUGGUGUUUGUAUCAAGGUCACAACGGACCUUGUAAAGCGACUGUGGGACUUGAUUGAUGAAAUCAGCUUCGACUUUCUUGUUGAAUCAUUCAAGACCAACAUGGUUGCUUGUGUGACAGGGUUCUCCCUCAUUAUCUACGUUCCAAUUUGUAUCAUCAUUUGGUGUGUGGACCGUCAUCGCAAGAAGAAAUUGGAAAUAGAGAAGGUGUACGUGAGAACGGAUAGGACUCUAGCCAAAAACAAGUGCCUUAUCAACCGGACUGAUAUGCUCUACUCCUCACGACCCUUGACACUUAACGCCAGCGGUCUUAUGGACAACUCAUAUCGACCACCUUACAGUAGAAACCAGAUACAACCAUCAUCUAGUAUAGCUUAA